AUGAGAGCAUCUUGGUUUCUAUACUUGACCGUGGCGAACAUGGCUCUAAUGCUCCCACUACUACCUGUACUAGCCUCGGUCGAGAGUCCAGGUCUACUCCCUACACCUCCAAUGGGGUUCAAUAACUGGGCUCGUUUCCAAUGCGACCUCAACGAGUCUUUAUUCACCGAGACAGCACAGUCAAUGCUAACCCGAGGCCUCCACAAGGCAGGCUAUAACCGCCUGAACCUGGACGACUGCUGGAUGCAGCACGAUCGAGCUGUCGACGGCUCACUGCAGUGGAAUAGCACCAAGUUUCCAAACGGCAUUCCCUGGCUCUCCAGCUAUGCCACUAACCUCGGGUUCCACCUGGGUAUCUACCAAGAUGCCGGGAACCUUACCUGCGGCGGAUUCCCCGGUUCCUACGGGUAUGAGAAGCAGGAUGUGGAAACCUUUGCUGAGUGGGGCAUCGACUACCUCAAAGUAGACGGAUGCAAUGUAUGGGCGGAGGAAGGCCGGACAUUGCGCGACGAGUAUCGAGCUCGAUACAGCGAGUGGCAUGACGUUUUGAGCGACUUGCCCCGUCCCUUGAUCUUCUCCCAGUCUGCACCGGCUUACUUUGCAGACAAUGCUUCCAACUGGGCGGCUGUGAUGGAUUGGGUCCCGCAGUAUGGUGAAUUGGCACGGCACUCGACUGACAUCCUUGUUUACGUCGGUGAGGGCAGUGCCUGGGAUAGUAUUAUGAAUAACUACGACUACAAUACGCUUCUUGUCCGCUACCAGCGACCGGGAUACUUCAAUGAUCCCGAUUUCUUGAUCCCUGAUCAUCCUGGACUGACGCAGACGGAAAAGGAAUCCCAUUUCAGGCUUUGGGCUUCUUUCUCUGCGCCGCUGAUUAUCAGUGCUUAUAUUCCUGAUCUGUCAGAUGAGGAUGUCGCAUACCUUAGCAAUGAGGAUCUCAUUGCGGUGGACCAGGAUCCCUUGGCUCAACAGGCUGCGUUGGUGAGUCGUGAUGGCACCUUCGAUGUGUUGUCUCGCUCCCUGGCGAAUGGGGAUAGACUCUUGACUGUAUUGAACCGGGGGGCCAUCACAGCGAAAACGACCAUCUCUCUUGAGCGCCUUGGAUUAGCCUCAGACUGUGAAUAUCUUGCCCGUGAUCUCAUCACUGGAGAGGUUGUUACUCUCCACGGUUCGAUUGAGGUCCAGCUUGAUUCUCAUGCAACCAGUGUUUACCGGGUUGAGUUGCCAGAGCAAUGCUCUACAGUAACUCCUACUGGUAUGGUUUUCCAUACCCCGUCUGGUCUCUGUAUGACUGCCUCCGGUGCCGCCAUCACUUUUGAGAUAUGCAGAGGAUCUGACUCCCAGGUCUGGAAGGUGUCCAAGUCUGGCGAGAGAAGUGCCAAACUUAAUGUAAGUGCUUUAUCGGAUCCAUCGCUUUGUCUUUGUGCGCAACACGGUCAUGUCUUUCUUGCAGAAUGUGGUCAUAUCGGAACUACUUGGGAACAUUCUGUGACAGGGCAUUUGCGAACCGCCGGAGGCUGUUUGACUGAGGCUUCGGGGAAUGGCGCUAUUAAUGUCUGUGUAGUUGACAAUGCGGCGCAAAUCUUUGGGCUUCCCAGUGGCACUCAUGUAAUUGAUGGAAUGGGUGAGUAG